GGAUCUGGCCAAUCAGCUCAACGGAAGACCUUCCUCAAAAGCUCCGGUGACAGGCACGAGCCGUUUGACUUGCGCACAUAAAGCCGGCGCACGCGGACGGACGCUUGAGCAUCAAGAAAGGAAUGGCUCGAAAUCUUGCAGUCCGUGUCCGUUAUGCGGAUUAUCCUUAAACUCACUCAAUUAAAUACCUGUUACUGGUUCAUUUCCCCCAUAAACAUUGCGUCCUGUCACAUAGAAAUCUCGUUUUUCUCUUAUUUUGCAUGCAAUCAUGGUUUUAUUCACAAGGGCUGUGCUUUUUGUGAACGUUUUAUUUGUGAUGUGUAAAGUUGCGCGGCUCAUGGAGAGUCAACUGUGCGAGCCUGUCAGACUGGAUAAUCGUGACUUCGCAAAUAACAACUUCGUGGACUUUAAAUCGAACGCACCGCCGGAAAAAUUGGCUUUCAAAUUGAGUGCCUUCGGGCAAGAUUUCGUGCUGGACUUGCACGAGGAUUCUAGCUUCAUCGCGCCCUCGCUCUCGGCGCUUGGCAUGUCCAUUGGGUCCGAUCGCGCGGACCUCCGGCGCUGUUUCUACGCGGGCACCGUGAAUUCGCAUUCACUUUCGUACGCAGCUCUCAGUUUGUGCGACGGCCUGCGCGGUGCAUUCGGCUACGACGGCUGGGAGUAUUUUGUGAGUCCGGCGAGCGAUGACUCCUUGCCUCCGGGUGCGCGUCGUAGUGCGGAGAGCGCGCACCUCCUGCGGCGACGCGCAAACGUCGAGCUGGGGGGCAAUGGCACGAGGCGGUGCGGCGUGGACGGUGGCCUGACGCCCGACGUCGCGCGCACCUUGGAGAAGUUUAAGCGCUCAGAAGAAUCCAAUGCUGGCGAUAAAACCCCUGCACGGAGGAGUCGCCUCAAGCGAUUUGCAUCCGUGCCUCGGUACGUGGAGACUCUUGUGGUGGCCGACGAGUCCAUGGCCAACUUCCACGGUGAUGAUCUGAGGCAUUACGUGCUUACACUCAUGGCAGUGGCCGCUCGCCUCUACAAACACCCAAGCAUCCUGAACCCCAUUAACAUCGUGGUGGUCAAGUUUCUGGUGAUUACCGACGAGGAUAAAGGGCCCAAGGUAACCGGCAACGCAGCCAUGACCCUGCGAAAUUUUUGCACGUGGCAAAAGAAGCUGAACAAGAACAGUGACAAGCAUCCAGAGUACUGGGACACCGCUAUCCUGUUCACCAAAGAGGAUCUGUGUGGAGCCUCUACAUGUGACACUCUGGGCAUGGCAGACGUUGGAACAAUGUGUGACCCAAAGAGGAGCUGCUCAGUGAUCGAGGAUGAUGGCUUGCCAUCCGCAUUUACCACUGCUCAUGAGCUUGGUCAUGUAUUCAACAUGCCCCAUGAUAAUGUGAAAGCCUGUGAAGAUGUAUUUGGCAAACUGCAGGACAAUCAUAUGAUGUCACCGACACUGAUACGGAUAAACCGAACUAGCCCAUGGUCAUCGUGUAGUGCCGCUAUAAUCACAGAAUUCCUGGACAGUGGACAUGGUGACUGUUUAUUGGAUCAGCCUGAGAAACCGUUGGCACUGCCUGACAUUCUUCCCGGAGUGUCGUAUAGUCUGGAGAGGCAAUGUGAGCUGUCAUUUGGUGCUGGUUCGAAGCCAUGCCCACUCUUGCAGGCACCGUGCCAGCGGCUGUGGUGUACAGGCAAGACUCGUGGACAGCCUGUUUGUCAGACACGCCACUUUCCCUGGGCAGACGGUACAGCGUGUGGAGAGGGCAUGCUGUGUAUGCGUGGGGUUUGCAUAGAGAAAUAUGAGGUCACCAGGCCAAGGGUGGAUGGAAAAUGGGGUAAAUGGGGGACAUUUGGGCCUUGCUCCAGAACAUGUGGUGGUGGAGUGCAGCUAGCAAAGAGAGAAUGCAAUAAUCCAGUACCUGACAAUGGGGGCAAAUAUUGCCAAGGAGUAAGGGUCAAGUACCGGUCCUGCAACCUCACACUUUGCCCAGACACUGGGAAGAGUUACAGAGAGGAGCAGUGUGAAGCUUUCAAUGGCUUCAGUCUGAACAGCAACCGCCUCGCUCCUUCUGUGGUGUGGGUGCCUAAGUAUUCAGGGGUCUCCCCUAAAGACCACUGUAAACUUAUAUGCAGGGCUAACGGAACAGGGUACUUCUAUGUUCUCUCUCCCAAGGUUGUGGAUGGGACUCCAUGUUCUCCUGACUCUUCUGGAGUCUGCGUGCAGGGCAAAUGUAGCAAGGCAGGCUGUGAUGGUAAACUCGGCUCCAACAAGAAGUUUGACAAGUGUGGCAUCUGUGCAGGAGACAAUAAGAGCUGCAAGAAAAUUUCUGGCCUCUUCACAAAACCCAUUCACGGCUACAACUUUGUCGUCAUUCUUCCAGUGGGUGCUUCGAACAUUGACAUCCGCCAGCGUGGCUAUAAGGGAAUGGUCAAUGAUGACAACUAUCUGGCUGUCAAGAACAGUCAAGGUGAAUACCUUCUUAAUGGCAACUAUAUUGUGUCAGCUGUGGAGCGGGACAUCAUAGUGCGUGGCAGCCUCUUGCGCUACAGCGGCACCAGUGGCCAAUCAGAGACGCUGCAGGCUGUAAGGCCACUAGGGGAAUCGCUAACGGUGGAAGUGCUGUCUGUCGGCCAUUUAACACCUCCACGCAUUCGGUAUUCCUUCUAUGUCAAACGUGAAACAAAAGGAGACAAAGUGUUAAAGAAGGAGGGCAGAACUUUGGCCGAAAACAGUGUUCUCGUUGAGGAGGGAGGGCUGGGAAAAGAAGCUGAUCCCCUCAAUAAAAAGAUUCCACCCCCUUAUGUAAAAGAAGCUCCACCCCCUGGGAAGUGGGUGACUGCUGGAUGGGAGAAGUGCUCAGUGACUUGUGGGAAUGGCCUCCAGAGGAGAUUGGUACAGUGCUUAAAAGGAGACAGCACUCCUGGGAUAGACUGUGAUCCAGCCAAAAGACCCAUCACAUUGCGGAAUUGUGGUGACCCAUGCCCAAUAUGGCAUAUAGGUGAGUGGUCCCCCUGUUCCAAGACCUGUGGCAAAGGCUUUAAACGGCGCCCUCUCCGCUGUGCCACUAAAUCAGGCAUGGUGCUGCCCAGGGAUCACUGUGUGAGCAUGAAGAAGCCACAAGAACUAGAUUUCUGUUCAUUAAAACCCUGCUAAUGACACUAUUUUGGACCGUACUUCACCUUCCAUGUUAACUCCUUUCAUCAACUUGUCACUUUGAUAGAAAAAUAUACUAAACAAACAAAGAACAGUUAAAAGUUAAACGAUCCAGAACUUUUAUUUGUUCUGGUGCUUCUUGUUUUUUUUUUUUAUGUUUUGGUUUUUUUGUCUUACCUGCAAAAGGGAAGUGAUAUGAAGAAGAAAAAAUGCUUCAAAACAGAGAGUUGCAAUAUCUUGUAAAGAAAUAUUGCCAUAUAGGCUAACUCCAAUGCCAAUGAUCGUUUGGGCUAAAAAGAAACAUUCCACAGAGUCGAAAAAAGUAGCACAGAAAUUGCCCUUGUACUGCAAGUCCUCCUUAAAUCCCUCUUGGGGUAAUGCCUCAUUCGGGGUUAGAGUCAUCUUCAUACAGACAGAGACUGGUUUCAUGCUUUGUCCAUUAUAAUUUGAAACCAAAAAUCUGUCCUGUUGUCUACUUGAAUAUGCCUGGCAUAAUAAAUGUUCAGAGAAAGCCAGUGUCCUGGAGCAGCAGGAUUUUGUUUGUUCUCUCCAAGACCUUAUUUUGUAAAAUAAGAGAUCUGCCAAUUUAAUAUUUCCUAGUGAAUAUAGCUUUUGUGCCUUUCAAAACAAGCUUCAAAACAACAUCACCAAUCUACAUAAACUAUUACAUAGACAUAACCAAACCUAUCAGCCAUAAGAUUGGGUUACCAUUUUGUUACCAGAUACCAUAGCACACCUUCAAAUGUGGAGACAAUGCAACAAUGGGUCAGAGCUGUUUGGGUGGCAAAAUGGGAAGCCACACAAUUUGAGACCAGUGGUGUUAAUGUUAUGGCUGAUAGAUGCAUAAAAGCUGAAGAAAAUACUAGCAGGGUGAAUUAAGCAUAUUUAGCAUUCUCCUGAAUUUUACCAGUAGGUAAUCUAUACAUUCUAAUGGUUAGACGGAUAACCCUUAGAAUCUGGCCCUGUUCAUUCUGCAUAUGUGCUUCCAAGACAGGAUCUUUAUCUCUAUUGUUCAUCCAACAUCUUAUUUGUUUUUAUUUUAUCCUCUAUUUCCAAUGAGACAGAGGUGCAGCUGCUAUAAUCAAGCCCUGUCUGGUACAGUAACUUAUUAGUAAAGUUAUUAUUAUAGCUAUGCCUUUUGAUGGCGUAUGCCAUAAGGCUUAGUUUUGUGUUGGAUGGCAACCUAGUAAACUGUCGUUUGUACACAGUUUAAAUUCAUGUAAUGCAUAAUACAGUAAAAAUAUAUGUAUUUGAGGUUCAUUGGAGUGACCAUAUUGUCCAUCUAAAAGAUGGUUCCUAUAUGAAUUGGAAUGUUUUAUAAAUUGUUUUUUCUUUUGCGCGUUAAUACAGCAAAAGAGUUAAACGUCCUGCAUGGGCUGCAUUGUAUACCAUGUAUACAUCCAUCUAGCUGUGCACAAAUAAAUCCUGUAAAUAACUUUCUAUUUUAUGUAUUUUUUUACGCUGGCAUUUUGAAUUGUCUUGACUUUGAGGUAUUUAUUCCAAAUAAAAAGUGUACUAACGACAUGCCUUA